GACAUUGUGGUUGAUCUUUCAGUUCAAAAUAUGGAUAAUAACUGUUCUAUACAUGAACAAUUUCUUCCGAAAACUGAAGAUCCUUCCCUUGUUCCUGCCCCACUUUCUGAAUCAAAUAUUGAAGCCAUGUCCUCUGGCCUUGAAGACUAUAUUCUUAAGCAUAGAGGCAGUGCUGAAAUAGUUUGCUCUGUUAGAAGAGAAGAUUUGAAGGUUGGAAUGGGACACGCAAGCAACUUAAAAACUGCUAGAAAUGCAGGACAUGUCUUUGACGUGGCAAUUGUAAUAGUGCCUGCAUCGACAGUUCCUUGCUGUUUAAGGGCAAGCUCUCAAACCACAGAGGUUCUGUACUUCCAAAAUUUUUCACCUUCUUCAAUCCCCAAGAUAGCUUUGAGCACAUUGGAAGGCAUCAAAUGGCCAACUUAUGGCUUGAAAUUGAAGGAGAUUUUGGUCGAUGGAGAUGGGUUUGCUGUGCUUCAGUGGGAGGAUUUACCGUUAGCUCACAUGGACAUUGCUAUUCAUAGCUUCUACAUAAAAUAUCCUUCUUGUGGCGGGGACACUUCUAAGCACCCAUGUAUGCAUCUCAGUGCCUGCGGGGAAAGAACUGAAUUUCAAAUAGGCAUCCCCGAAUAUCCAUACACCUUUCUUGGAAUGGUGGGAUUGGAGACUAUAGUUGUUGUGUCUCCUGACACCUAUCAUUCACGUCUUUUUGGCAUGGCGAGAAGACCCCGACUCCUAAAAAUUUUUCUAAACAUGGGAGAUGCCAGGAGGCUGCUGAAAUUCAAAGUGAAGUACACAAGACUUAAACAAAACACAGUCACGGAACUGCCAACAAGACAAGAAACAACUGAGAGGAAGUUUCUCAGAAAAGCAAUCAAGACUGCGCUUGAUGAUUUGAAGACAAAGUAUGCAGGGCUUUUCCUCAGCUCGCAUUCUCGUAAGAUUCAAAAGUAUGCUCCAGACCUUUCAAGAUCUAUUGCCAGUCUCAUAGUAUCAGCUAACGAUCAGGAAUUCCAACGUGAAUGUGCUUCUCUUCUGGGCCUGGACUCAGAGGAUUCUAACCAUGAAACGUUAGAACUCUGCAUCCAAGAAAAGCUCAUGAAAAUAAUAUGCGUGAAUGAUAUGAAAAAAGGAGCAAGGGAUUCGGCACCCAACCUCUUUGAAAGUGAGCCUUUGUAUGAUGAUGACUGCAUCGAAGAUGAUGGUGAUGAUGGUGAUGAUGAUGAUGUUGAUGAUGGCAUUUUAGAUCUUUGUUGAUUUUGAGGAUAAAAUGAAUU